AUGGAAAAGAUAUCAUCCUUAUCAGUGCACAAAAGUGCUCAGCAUACUUUGCCUAAUAUUGAACUUUCUGAAGAGCAGACGAGUCUUUCAAGCAUCCCAAGUUCCUCCUCAAGCAACUUAAGUGGUUUUACUCAGGUCGCAAAAGAUGUAGUUAUAGAGACGCAUGAUGAUAAUAACAUCUCACCUGAUGUAGAAUGCUGCGAAUAUCAUUUGUCAAGCGAUAACAAAAAUCUUACCAAUGGCGAUUACAUUUCAGGAAAUGAGUCGAUCAGUUCUAAUCGUAAGCGCCUUGCGUUCACAAUUAAGAGUAUACAAGAUGAUGCAAUUGGUAAUGCUAUCUAUGGUAUAACCAAAAAAGUAAAGUAUCCUACAGAUGAAAUCCUCAGAA